CGCAGCUAAAGAAACAUGGCAGCUUCCACCGAUGACAAGCAGAAAAUAUCAGCAGCUUUUGCUGAUAUUUUAAAUGAGAAACUCUCAUCUGAACACUUGCAGGUUUUAAAAACGUUUACAGGUGCUUUAAAAGAUGCGGAAUACAGGGAUGCUGUGGUGGAAGACAUUUUCUCUGAGCUCCUCAAGGUUCUAACCAGGCUGUUUGAGUGCCUGCAGAGUGCAGACAGCCAUGCUGAUGAAGAGUCUUUUACUCUGCAGCUCCAGCUCACCGCUGAGUGCUUCAGAUCCCAAAGGAACUCCUGUAUUCAGAGUCCACGCAAUCAAAAACUCCUCAGGGAACUUGGAUUCAUCGGUGUAUCCAUUAAACUCUUGAGUUAUCUUCAAACCGCAAAUUUGGACCAAAAAGACGCCCUAUAUGAACCUCUUCGCUGUGGGAUCCAGUUUCUUGGCAACCUCGCCGUAGGAAACCAGAUGAGCAAGGAUGAAAUUUGGCAGCACAGCCUCCCCGAUGUCCUCUUGCAGCUGCUCAACGUCGACGAUGAGAAAGUGGUCAGCUACACCUCUAUGGUUAUCCACACAUGUCUGGAUGAGGCCAAAGUGGAGGAUCUGUCGAAGCCACAAAACAUCCUGCUGGCCCUCAAAGUGAUGGAGCUGUGUAGGACCCAGCCUGACCUGGACUGGACCGUCCUCAUUGCAACCCAGCAUUUCCUCAAGUCUUCAGCUCUGGUGGAAAGCAUGUAUUCUGGGAUGUCCCAUCAUGACAGAGUAACUCUAUUAGAGCUGCUCUUGGCCCAGUUAAGAGAAGAGGGCUCAGAGGGCUGCGGCGUCCCCCCCAGUGUGGCCCAUUUCCUGGCCGGUUCCUUCCAGAAAGGCUGUGGAGCAGUUCUCACACUCGCUACAGGUUCUGCUUCCAGCAACGAGGUCCUGCAGGAGGCGCUGACUGUAAUAAGUUUGCUGGACGUGCUGUGUGAGAUGACCUCAGACGACAAGCAGUUCAUUUUCCUGCAGGAGCAUCCUGAUCUUCUAGAAACUACAGUUGGGCUUCUGCAGCAAGUGCAUACUAUUGGGAAAUCCAGCAAGAAUAUUUUCAGCGCCACUCAGAGCUUCUCCUCCUUUACCGGAGAGGAUGACCCAUCCUCGUAUUCUCCAGUCAUCAGCUUUAAGGCUCACCUCAUUAGGCUGAUAGGAAACCUCUGCCACAACAACGCCGCCAAUCAGAACAAGGUGAGAGACCUGGAUGGCAUCCCACUCAUCUUGGACAACUGCAACAUAGACGGAAACAAUCCUUUUAUCAGCCAGUGGGCCAUCUUCGCUAUCAGGAACCUUCUAGAAAACAACCCGCAGAGCCAGCAGCUGGUGGCUUCUCUGAAGAGACGUGGCCCGGCAGACUACUCUGCCCUCAGGGAGCUGGGAUUCCUCGUUGAAGAGCGAGAUGGAAGCUUACUGCUUAAAUCUGUGAGAAAAGACUCCUAAAGACAACAGUGGAUUUUCAUGCAGAGCAGCUAAAGAGUGACAAGUUAAGCUUGCACUCUGUAUUUACCAAAUUAAGAUGCUUUUCCUUCAAAAAUAUAAAUCAGAAAAGUCUUAAAAAGAAAACUUUUCUACCUCAGCACAGUUAUAGAAAGCCCCUGAGGUCAGGAUGUCAGGAGCUCCUGCUUUGCCCUGAUCCGAGUGGGAAAUGAGGAGUCUGUGAGUGGCAAACACACGCUGGCACCUUCUAGAGAUGUCGAGGUCUUUGUGGUUUAAUCCAAAAACAAGAGCACCACAGGGUCGAGGCUUUUUUGGCUUUUCAAACACGGUCAAGUCAGCAGCAGGAGCUGGAGUUUAAUCUCAGACCCGUCGUGGCUUUUGCCGUAACCAUGAAAGAGAAUGUCUAAACCAUGAUGUAAUCUACCCCCUCGUGGCCUCACCUAAUUAAAAUAUCAUGAAGCUCUACUUAUUAAACCGCUUAAAAUAACUGCAUGUCCGACCAGACCUUUUAUUAGUAUUGUAAUAAGAAAGCAUUGAACACUAGAAAAAAACUUUAAGCUUUGACUGAGGGACGGAAGACGCAACAAAGUGAAGCAGUUUUUCUGGAAA